AUGUCCGUUGUACUUUCUAUGUUAACCAGUGCCGCGGUCUCGCCCACUGAGCGUCAACGUGCUCUGGAUCGAAUCCAUUCCGAUCCCGGUAUCCCAAGCGAUGCUACUACUUCCUCCUUCUGGCUUCAAACUCCACACCCCGACUUUGCCCAAAAAUCCUCAAAACCUCUACCCACCGAGGCAGAUGUCGUGAUUAUCGGGUCCGGAAUCACUGGCGCGUCUAUCGCACGCACCCUGCUUCAAAAUCGCGCCAAGUCAUCGUCCACUUCAUCCCAUCCCGCGGUGGUCAUGCUAGAGGCUCGCGAUAUUUGUAGCGGUGCUACAGGCCGUAAUGGCGGCCAUAUACUCGAGACAGCUGACGAGUAUGCCGAAUUCGCAGAUGCAUUUGGUGAGGAGUCGGCGCGCAAGAUCCUCCGUUUCAGACUGGCUCAUCUGCGUGAGACUUUGAGUGUCGCAGAGGAGUUGGGGCUGACGGAGGCGACACAGGCAAGGAAAGUGCAGUUCCUCAGUGCUUACUUUGGCGAGGAGCCUUGGAAAGCUGCGGUGGAAAGACUGCGUCGGUUUAAGGAGGGCAUGCCCGAGGAGUCGGCUGAGUGGGUUUCGUACGAGGGGAGCUCGAUUCCAGAGGAGUUCAAACUAUCCCGUGCAACGGGUGUUGUCGCAGGCCCAGCUGGAGCCCUCUGGCCAUAUAAAUUCGUCACGGGUGUUCUCUCCCGUCUUCUCUCUGAUUAUCCAGAAGACUUCCAUGUCGCAGGCCACACUGCGGUGCAGGCAAUCCAUUCCGGUAAUGAUUCAAAUAACCCUUACAAAAUUGAAACAUGUCGUGGAACAAUCUCCGCUAAACACGUUAUUCACUGCACAAACGCACACGUUGGCCAUCUCGUCCCCGGACUCCGAGGCCGCAUCUUCCCCGUUCGCGGCCAAAUGUCUGCACAAACACCCGGUGACAAGUUCCCGCUUCAAGCUACGAAACACUCGUGGCUCUUCAACUAUGACCGCGGGUUCGAUUACCUCACCCAGCUACCCACUGGCCAAAUGAUGUUCGGCGGUGGUUUCGCCAAUGGUGAAGGAGGUGGUGUGGCCGAUCUGGGUAUCUCAAAAGACAAUGAUAUGAGUGUCUACCUUGACAUUCAUCUGUCCGGCGCGUUGAGUGCAGUCUUCGGACAUGAGUCCUGGGGUCCGGUGCAGGGUAACCCUAUUCAGGCGAUGUGGACCGGUAACAUGUCAUUCAGCACGGAUGGAUUCCCCUGGGUAGGACGGUUGUCUACCUCUGCAACAGGUCGAUCUGAGCCAGUCGGCGAGAAUACUGGCUCAGAGUGGGUAUGUGCUGCCUUUGGGGGUGAGGGUAUGGUUCAAGCCUGGCGUUGUGGAAAGGCGUUGGGCAUGAUGAUUCUGAAGCAAGAUGAUCAGCUCGUCCCAACUGCGGAUCCGGAUUUGACUUGGUUCCCUGAGCAGUUGCUUGUUUCGGAGAAGCGAAUCUCUGAAGCAGAGAUGCCGAGGAGUAUGUCUGAAACUGGACGUCAGUCUAAUCUGUAA